UUAGCAAAAGACUCUUUUGACUACCUUGUUUAAUAUAAAUGGUUGGACAUCAUGCCAGCAUUGCUACAACCAUGGCCCUGCUUUGUAAUAAGACUUGGAACCCAUUGUAUGAAUAUCAAUAGUCAAAAUACCAAAGGGGAGGGGGACUUCUUAUUUUAUAUAUUGUAUUUUUUUUUUCUAGUCUAGCUUCUUGGCAUAACAUUUCCAAAUCCUUUGGUCCUUUCUUUGCAGUUCCUGGUUUCAUGAUAAUUAUCAAUAAAAAUAAAAAAUGGAUUUAAUUAUUUCUCCUGUUCUACAUUUUUAUGUAUUUAAACCAUUGUUAGGGUUCAAAUAGUUUCCAAAGGAGUCAAUACCCUCCCAGAAUAAAGAAUUAAUUUUAAAAAAAUCAAUCAGUCCUAAUGUUUCUGCCCUCUGGGAUGGAACCUUCAUUUGGGUGAUGUGUGUUAUGCUUUCCGCAGUGUAAAGUUAUUGAUCAAUGUAUCUUUGUUUCAUGGGAAACAUUCAGUGCAAUGAGGAGGCACCAUUCCCCCAAAUUAACGUGGGACAUCGAGGUAAUCUCACUCCUCCUAAUUCUUAUGGAAUUUCCAAGGGGAACCUAGAAAAAUCUGUCAUUCGGCAGUCACAUCAUGGUUCUGAAGGAGGUUAGAGCAUAGACUAACCUAUGACUUAAUUUUUUUUAACAUUUUUACAUUGUAUUUUAUUAUUCAUAUAUAAAAAAAGGAAAUUGAAAACUCAUUCACGGUUAUGAUUCACCAAAACACGUUAAAGCAUGUGAAUUCUUUUUAAUGUAAGGAGAAUGUAAAGAAAAUAAACAUGUGUUUAAACUUAAUUAUUACAGGAGGCCAGGAAGAUUCGGAAAGGACAGUUGUUGAGCCUAGCAUGUAUGUCAGCUCAAUGUUUCCAAGCAGGAGUCAAGGUAUUGUUUAAUAAAUUUGUAUUCUUGUGUCUUCUUUCCUCUAUAUUGUGUCCUUUAUCAAUGCGUCUUUGGAUGUAACACCUAUAUUCCCCAUAACAUUUCCUAAUUCAUUUCAGUUCUGUAUAUUUCCAACCUCAGUAAAUCAUAACACCUUAGCCCACAGUGCAUAUUACAAAGCAACAUUUACAUCUGGUUCAUGUUAAAAUAAUAAAAUAAAAAAAACGUAAUCCUAUGGUAUUAAAAAUCUUAGUGCAGAGCUUUGAAUAACCAAAAGAGCAUGUUCCCUUGCUUUGUGAAGGUUUAUAUAAAAAAAGAAAGUUAAAUUAAAAGGCUGCAGGUGCCCAUGUGGAAUGCAAGGAAAGAUUGCCAGCUGGGAAAUGUUAUGGCUUUAACCAUUUUACUGCUGGUCGAGUAUUCAACUCCACUUCUUUUCCCUCCUUUACACAAAUGGUUUUAUUGGCGACACUUUGCUUAAAGAACAAAAAUCAAAUCUAUGAUGAAAAUCUGCCUUCAAUUUAGAAGAGUGGGAGAUGGGUUAAAGGCGAUAAUGGGAGACAGACAUGAGAUGAUAGUCAUUAAUGGAGCCGUGUAGAUCUAAGAGUUUAUAUGCACAUUCAUGUUGGAUGAAUAACAAAUGUUUACCUGGCAUUCAGUCUAUCUGGAUUCUGCCAGUCUCUAUUGGACUGAGAAUGUUAAGGUUCCAACAUGCUUACUCAGGUAAAAGUGUGAAAGUAAUGAAAAACAGGAAAGGGGCUUAAAUCAGGAAUAUACAAUAUAUAAGGAUAUUCAGGAAGCUCGAUCUAGUAAGACAUCAUUCCUUUACCGUUAUGUAUAUGCUUAAGCGGAAGCAUGGAGGAUGUGGAAUCUGAGAAUAUUGAUCCAGGGUUUUAAGAGAAAUGAAUGCAUUUAUUGACACUCUGUAAUACACAGGUAAGUGAAGCGGAGUAUAGCCAACAUAGAAUAUACAUUGUAACACAGUACCUAUAUAGUGCCAUUUGUUCACUCAUGCUUUUUGUAUUUUCCAUGAAUGUGUAUGGAGAUGGAUUUAAUUUGUUGUAACUUUUAUACUGGUUGACCAGUUUUUACAAUAUUAUAAUCUAUUUUGAACGCAUUAUACUAGAUUAUUGAAUACCUGCCUGUGUUUGUGGGUGAUGCUUUCUUCAAAUGAUCGAUUUUGUGGCUCACCUGUCAUUUUAGAGCGGUUCCUGUUGGUUAAUUUGGCUUUACACAUUGAUAAACAAGGCUUUCUCCUGGAUAAUCAAGUUCAAAUGGUGGGUAAUCCACCGUUAGUCUUUGAUUUUUCAACCAAUUAAACCUUACCAUCAGUUAGAUCACUGGCUUGUUAGAGUGCAGGUCUCAUAAUCAACAAAUCAAGAGUCCUUUAGGGCAGACAUGUGAACCUGUGUCUAUUUCCUGAUAACAUUGUAAUUGUGCAAACAUGACAUGGAAUUGGUCGUAAGGCCAAAAUAGUCGAGCUUAGAAAAUAUCUGAUUUAGAGGUUGGUUUGUUAAUUAUUUUAUUUAUUUUUUUGUCUACCUUCUUGGCAUAACAUUUCCGAAGUCUGUUCAUUACAGUUCCUGGUUUAAUGAAUAAUGGAUUUUACUCAAUAUAUCUUGUGCCCCUUUGGUGGUCUCUUUUAUUUGCAUUGUGUCUAGAGAGUUGGGCAUUUUUUGGCAGCAGUUAUGGUAUUUUUAUUUUUAAAUGUAUAAAUCUGCAAUUUAAUGUGUCUGUUUCUUUCCUGUUAAUUAAUAUACCCAACACAGAUUGCAGGUAGAUGCACAGAGACCCAUAGUUAGAAGAUUGCUUAGAGAUGCAACAAAGUUAUAGAUUAAUAAACCAAGUAGCUAGUUCCCAGCGUGGAGUUAGAUUGCAGUUUCUAUUCCCUCUUGAGUGGGCUGGUAUCAUCAAACAAAUACAACAUCAAAGAGUAUGAACAAUCCGUCUGAUCAUACCAAGAUUUCAAGCAGUCACACAGCAAGGCUAGUUUAUUCCUACCAUGAGAUAACAGUACUGUAUGGUUUGUGUCUGCUUGUACAGCUAUUACAUGCCUGCAUAAGGCUUCAUUCUCUUACAUUCCUCAAAAUGGUGAAACAUUGAUCCAGCAAAUGGUGUCACAAAGAACAAUCCUCUCUAUUUCAGAUCAUUUCAAUCCUCUGAUUUGAAUGGGACACUAUGGUCAUCAGAACAACUACAGUUUAAUAUAGUUGUCCUGGUGUCUACACCCUGUUCCUGUAGGCAUUUUCAUGUAAACACUGCUUUUUCAGAGAAAAUGAUUGUGUUUGUAUUGCUCCCUAAGGACACCUCCAGUGGCACUCACUCAGACAGCCACUAUAGGUACUUUCUGGGGUCGUACAGCACAAAGAGAAGCAUUGAUGUUCAAUGUCUCCACACUCUGCAUGGAGAUACGUUGAUUUGACACAUCUCUUUGAGGAGAUGCUGAUUGGCUGAGAUCAUAAAUUAUGAUGAUCUCAGCCAAGGGGGCGAAGCGGGGCCAGGGCCAGCGCCAGCAAAUUCGCACAGCGCUUGUUAAAAGGUGUGUCCUGAUCCUAUUUAAGAAAGUCAAGGGAGGGACGGCCACCUAACGUGUUUUUGACACUAGUAUUAUAUUGUAAUAUUGUAGUUUCUUUUAAAAGAUCAUUGGCAUUGACAGUAUACACGGAUAAUGACACUCUGGCUACAGUUCCGUCACAACUUCUAUAUAGUCACAGACCUCUACACAGACCUACAGAGCAUUACUUCUCCAUGUAUGUAACUUUAAUUUAUGUUUGACUAUCAGAGAAAACAUUCACUUGCUGAGAAUGUUAAUCUAAUUUCUGUCCUGAGAAUAUUGCUGCUGACAAAGGCUAUUGAAUUACCCUCGCAUUUUCAGCAUAUACCAGAUAAUGCAGCCUGCAACACAUAUUUGUACUUAUGUUUCGGAGACUGUAGCAUGAACGGUCUUUCAGCACCGGAACUUCAAACACUUGGCAAAGGAGAACACGUUAUUGAAAGCCCACAGGACGGAGAUAUUCUUGUGCACGAAACAUAGAACCAGCUGUUGAAACAAUGACAUCACAGGCUGGUGGGAGGCCGCUGUGGAUUAUUAGCAAAUUAAAUUCUAUAAGCAUCAAAUUGUGUUUUAUACAAGCAGCACACACAUAGCUUUAGUGUGGUUCUCGGUCAUUGCUUUCUUAAAUGUUCCAAAUUAAACCGUGUUUUACAGGGCAAUAACAGCAGUUCUAUUACGUCUGCUUCAACUGGUGGGAGUUCUGUAGGCUUUUCGUUUGCAUUUCAAUUUUCCCAAAUGAGCUUGUCCUACUUAUACUACGGAAAAUGUAUGAAUCUGGUUUUAUGUUUCAUAUGCAAUGCCUAGAGUACGUGAAAUGAUUUUCGUAUUUUACCUGUAAUCCGUAUACAAGCAGACAGAUGAUGAUGAUGAUGAUGAUGACAGGUAGCAAAUCAGGCAACCUAGUCUUUACACCAUCCUGUCCAUUUUACCAUGAUCUCGGCUAUGAUUGAAGGUACUGCUUAACUAGCUCAUAUGGGGUAUCUAUGGCAUCCAGGAUUUAAACAUCGCUUUUACUUGUGGUGUUUUUAUUAUGUAUGCAUGUAGAUAUAUAUUUAUUUAAACUGUUUUAUGAAAAGGCACAAACAGGGCAUUUUAUGCAAAUAAUAUUUUUUCUGCGAUACUCUGUUGCAGUGCAGUGCUAAAAAUGUUCAUGUUUUACUUGUUUUUGUGAUGAUUGCUAGACUUCAACAUAUGAGCUAAACUUAUGAAAGUUUAGAAAAUUGGGACUAAAAAACUAUGGGUGCUAUAAAACAAAAAUAUGCUGGCCAUAUAUAAACGAACAUAAGUAAAUGUUCCUUUUAUAUGCUAGAUUCAAGAAUACUCUUAUUUCAGAAGUAAUACUGUGUAUGCCAUUGAUCUGUAGCUAUUAUUUCCAAUUUUUUAUUUAUCUAUUUAAUGGAUUUUAUACACAUCACAACUCUAUAGGCACCCAGGCCACUUGUUCUCAUUGAAGUGGUCUGGGUGUCGUGUCUCUGUCUAUUUACCCAGAUUAACUGAAAAUGUUUACAUUGCAUGGUUAACAUGCCUUUAGUGGCUGUCUGACUGCCAGAGUCGAGUUAAUAUUCAUUACAAUGGUCUCAUAGACCACAUUUAAAUGGCGCAACGCAUCGUUUUGACGUGUAUGUGCACUUUACUCCCUAUGGGGAAACAUUAGAUUGACGGAGAUCAUCUACACUGAUGGUCUCAGAAAAGAGGCAGAGAGCCUACAUUAAAGAACGGCAUGGCGAGGGCUCAAAGGGAAGAAAAUCUCGCCUAUCAAACCCUCACACAACAGGGGGGACCCACUAAAAUAGUUAGAUAAAAAUUAUAGCGUUAGGAAUACAGGUUAGUAGUGUUAACUUUUACUUGGGGAACCUUAUAACAAUUUUAAUGUUUUUGUUUUUUUCAAUAUUAUAUACUAAAUACAAAAAAUGAAUUGAAUUGUAAAAGAACCUACAUGAGACUGUUCCAGUUAUGAGAGGAUUCUCUCGUGCACCCCGCGGGAAAAGUCAUUAUUCUACAAUACAAUGUUUGCUGUGCGCCGUGUCCUGUGGCACAAUACAUAUAAUGUGCCAGGUCCAUCCAGUACAGACAGGCCAAAAAACAUAUUUUCAGGUCACUACGCGUUUUCAAAAUAAACUAUUUUCCUGAUAGAGGCUCUUUACCCAUUGUAAUUUAUGAAUAUACACUGAACCUCCCCUUGUUGCUUAUUUGUUAUAUUUCAAAAUCUUUCUGAUUUCCUAAUAAAGAAUGUUGGAUCAUGAGGAUGCUUUAUUCAUCUGAGUUGUACUGCACACAGCGCAAUGCCUUGAGUACACCUCUAACACUCAAAAGGUUUAAAGUGGAUCGUUAUAGCACAAUAAUAUCUCCAUUACUCAGUGCUGUGAAUGUGUUAGCACUUUAUAAACCAUAAAAGUAUAACAAGUCGGUUGUUGUAUAUGUGUUAUUACAUGUUUAUGAUCCCUACCUCUUGUGUCACUUUACCCCCACUCCCUCUAGCAUGUAAGCUCAUUGAGCAGGACCCUUAAUCCCUCUGUUACUAUGCGUCCAACUCGUCUUGUUACAAAUACUGUCUGUUUUUCCAACCAUUGUACAGCAUUACAGAAUUUGUUAUGUCUUUAUAAGUAAUAAUAAUCGAUUCAUGCUCUCAGAAUGUACAGUAUCUAAUAGCUCCACAGCAAUGAAUCUGACAGUAAUGUGCAAUGUGUAUGAGUGUGUCCCAGAGCUCACAGCAUUAAAACAUUAAACCCAGUUUAAUACAGAAUGGAAGAAUAUCGCCAGGGGACUCCAGACACUGUAAUCACUUCAAUGAGAUGAUGCAGUUACACUGCCCGCAGUGUUUCUUUAAUGGGGCAACAAUAAGGCUAUUUUCUUUCUAUCCGAGAUAAUUAUUUUCUAGCCCUUUUACCCUCAUUUUUCCUCUGAAUGUUAUUUUGUUAAUGAUUCUUUAUUGUGGACACUCCAAUCGUCUUUUAGCAUUUCAGUUUAGUAUACUGCGGAGAUACUUUUCACCUUCGUUGCAUUUAUCACAACUGACUUGUGAAAUGUGAUCCGGCUCUUUCUGUAAACUAACAAAUGUUAUUUAAUUUUUAGUACCUUUGAAAUGUUUUAUUGUUAUUAGACUGCUCCCUUUUUAUGCGCUAGUAAUAUAUAUGUUGCAGAUGCUAGUUUUCGUUCUUUCAAUCUUUACGGGUAUCUGUAUUCUGGUCGAAUUUUCUAAAAGUUCGACCUAGUGUUUACCUAGUACUGCAGAGGUUGAAAGUCCUGACAGAUUUCAGACGUAGUUGAAUCAAAGUCUAGAAUCUAGAAGAACAGGCUAAUGGAAUCACUUCACUUAAAACCCUUAGACUAGAUAAUUUGUGUGUAAGUCAACCAGAAAAGAAGUCUGGCUAAAUAACACAAAUGAUGCUCUUUGACUCCUCUUCUAUUUAUUUGUUGUCAGGAUUGUCCCAUCUUCGGACUUAAGUCCUUGUUAUUUUUACAGUGAGUGGGUGGGCCUACUGUAAAUUCUUUUGCAUCAUGGCUGAGCUCUUUGUCCUAACAUGCUCAACAAAAAGCAAUCGCUAAAAUUCGAUCUAUGGAACUUACUUAAUGAGGGCGAGGAAACGAUUUAAAAUUGACCGUAAAACAUGUUUGGGUACUUGUGGUUGAAUGCAUAGGGAUGGAAGGAACUCCUACGAUGGAAACUGAUACUGGCGGUAUUCAGCUUUCCGGUCUGUCUAUUCAUUUGCAAUGAUUUUACAUGGUUUAAACUGUUCAUGAUAACUGAAAUAAGCGAUCAUAUGCUGGUUUUUGUAAUUUCUUCCUUUUCUUCUCUAGUGUCCUACCAAAAAUAGGACACAGGAGACAGGAAGUUGCACUAUGGACUGUCACACAAAAUCGGGGCACUUGGGUUGUAUGCAUUGAGCUUCAUAGUAGUUAAUGCAUUAUGAAUUCCUUUUGGUGCACAAUAGGAGAGAUUUAUUAUAGUGUUCUAAAAGUGGUGCAAAAAAUGUAAAAGGGAGGAUCACAGAAAUGGUGAUUGCCCAGUUUACAGUACUUUUGAUGACUUUUUAGAGCAGAAAACUUUGAUAAAUCUCAAUUGCUGUCUCUACUUACAGAUUACUUUAAGGUUUUUGUUUGUCUUUUUUUAUCCUCUGAACUGUUCAGUCUGGAGCAAACAUUAGUAGAACUGAGUUGCAAAUUGCUUAUGAAGACAUGAUUGAUUGAGUGUGGUUAGGCAAUAGUUUAUUGACGGUGCUGAUUCUUUUUAAUUCUCUCCAUAUAUGGCUGCAAAAUUAUUCAUGAUUUCUUGUGGUUGAAUCUGUGCACUGACUCUUCCAGAAGAAUACUUUUACUUGUUGAAAAAUAAUGAGCUUUAACGAGGUAAUACAAUAAUGGAUGUGCUGCGUAGGGUCUUAGACUUUUUCAUAUAUUAGCUGUAAUUAUGGACAUAAUGCAAUGCAUAGGAAAUCUAAAAACAGCUCCAGUGACUUGGCAGCGUGCGCUGAAUCCCUAAUUGGACUGAACACACGAAGGAAAGACUCAAUGUUUGUAUUUAUUUCUGUUCAUCUAACAAAGAAAUUAGAGAGGACCAGCCAGCGGAGCUUGUCUGGCAUUGGAGUCACUGACUGUGAUUCUAGCCAGACAUUUAAGGACACAGUACUCUGCAAAGUGUCAUUAUCACCUCCAAAAAGCAUCGAGUGCUUGGUCAGCACACAGAAAUAUGUGUAAUUCGAGCAGUUCGCUUACAAUGGACACAAAUUCCUCUCUAAACUGCAAAACGGGGAUUUAGAUUUUUAUAGUAAUUCUUAUGGUGUUGUCUGAGACAAAUUAGUUUAGGUAAUUCUAUUCACGGAGCUCAGCUAGCGUUUGGCGUCUGCGUAUUUUGCAGUAGCCCAGCCUAAAACUAAAGCUAAUGGCAAUAUUCUUUGUAAAUAGCAUUGUUCUACAUUCCUCUGUAGCGCUUAAUGAAUACUCUAAGCACCAUAACCACAACAGUGUGGCAUUCACUCAACGUAAGUAGUCUGACUUUUUACCCAUACUACCUGUAGUGGUUAUUGUGCUUGGAAAAAUAACCUACAUUUGGGUAUAAUUUAUUUCUAGAAUACUUUAUAAAAUGGUGAGUAAAUCCACCCUUAGAAUGUUCCUCCUCGCUAAUAACAUUUAUCUGUUUGUUCUCCCCCUCGUUAAAGUCCUCCUUCUGGCGUUCCAGUCAAUGAUUUGCUUUGGUUUCCUCUUCAAAUCUCAUAUUUGUUAGGAUUAUUGACAUAUUGCUCUCUUUAUCUUUAUUACUCCGAAACAAACCCUUUCUGAAAACAUUGGUCCAACAAAGAGGAGUGAAGGUCACACCGGAGAUAGUGGAGGGGGUGGUUACAGCAAGUAGGGGCCCUGUUCCUAAAAAAUAAAAAAUGUUGUAUUUAUAUACGCCUUUCGGUUUUUGUGAAACUGUGAAUAAAAUCAUGUUUUCCUAUACUAUUUAUUUCUGUUUUCAUAAGAGCUGCAAUUACCUCCCAUUUACACGUGGACUUGGCAGGUUUAGCAGUAACAUAUUCCUAUUCGGAAGAUGCCUUAUUACAUACAUACUAAUAGAAGCAAUAUUCUAUCUGAUGAUCAUAUUCAGGAUUGAUCCUUCAGAGCUUCUCUUCAUGUACGUAGUUAGACAUUAAUGGACAGAGCCAGGGUCCAGGUAAUUCUUUUUCCUGAAAUAAUGCAGAUUACUAUAAAUAAUGCAGAAUACUUUACAUUUACUUUUUGCAUGAUGGAUCCUUUGAAAUAUGAUUCAUCCUAGCAAUUUUUAAAAUUCAAUAUUCUUAUUUAAAUAUCACAAAUGUAACUACCGUAAGCAAGUAUUGAAUGUAUGAUAAAAAUGAUUAAAAACAGGAGAAAUGUGUGAUUUAAAAAAAUACAAAGAGUUAAUCUGAAUAUUUGCCUUCGAGCAGAUCAGAUAGUGGCCACGUGUGCAUGGACAUCUGUCCAAGCGAGCUACAAUCCCACAUCCCAGUCUGACCAUCUGUAGUCCUAUAUCACCAGUGGCCAUACAUAUAUCAAUGUAAUAAUUCUAUAAAUAGUAUAGAAAGCUUGUCUGGCUCUCAGUACCCCUACUUCCCUGGUCUUGCUUCCUUAGGGGGAACACUAAUGAGACCUCUAAUCUUUUACCAUGUUAGAGAGAUCUCCCUGAUAUGGAGCCAGAGACAUGAAAAUAUGACUUUUAUUGACACACAUAGAGCAGGGCAGAUAAUUGCCAGUUGACAGGGAGCCCAGUAGUGGAUCCUGGUGUCCAGUAAUAUAGCUGUUGGGUAUUCAUCUUAUUCUCAUGUAGUGAAUGUGUUUGCAUGUGUACAUCUUUCUUACAUUUUGUGUAUUGUUUUCUCCUAGGAACCCUUGUAGACGCACCCAAAAAGAUGUCUUUGACCAUUCCGUCUAUGAAUCAAGAGGACAAUGAAGACGUUAAAUCUACUUUUAUUGAGUCUGAUUCAUCAGGUGCUGAUACUUUUUGAAAGAGGUGGCUCCUAGUGCCGGCUGCCAAGAACCAAUUUAUAACAGUGUGCCUUGACAUGAAGUGCAUUUAACCCUGCGUUUGGCCAGAUUAAGGCUCUGAAUCCAGUAAUCAAUGUGGCUGAGUUUGCAAUUGUUAUCUUCCUUAAUCUCUUCAAUAAAUGUUUCUAUAGGCUUACCUUACUGUUUUGACAGACCAUGGUCUUCUCUGAUAACACUACUUCAGUUUAUAUUGUUAAGAGUGCCUUAAUCUAUUGAUUACUUGGUGUCCGGUAAUGACCCUUAGACUCAGCUAGCUGAUAUGUCUUUAACCAGCACAUGUAUACAUACAGCACAAUCCUUAACUUCUAUAUUAUUCUAUUAAAAGUCAGUAAUCGUAAUGUUAACCUUCAGGUAUAUUCUCAGAUUUUGUAAAUAAUCAGAUUUUAUAUUAUGUAUUUUUAUAUCACCAUGUUUUCAAUGAAAUUGUUUGUUAUUCAUAUUAAAA